CGCGGCCCCCCCCGCCCCGGGGCUGCCCCCGCCGCGCUCGGGCUCCGCGGGCGGAUGGACCGGCGGCGGCUGCGGGAUUCUACCUGUCGCCCCUUCACCUACUUGAAAGCAGCAGCUACCCCGUCCUGCCGAGCAUGGGCAACGCCGGAGGGAGCUUCCUCCUGGAACGGCAUCUUCCUGCGGGCCCGGGCACAGCGACAAUAUCCGUGGCAUGGAGGGAUCACUCCUGUGAUCUGUCCUCUCUGUUCCGGGGAAGCUGGCUGUGCAGGGAAGCACGUAUCCCACGUGGAGAUCUGGGCUGGAAGUGGUGGGCUCUGGCAUGCAGAUUUUUAGAUGUGCCCUGAUGCCGCAGGGUCUCCUGGCUCCUGGAAAUGCAGCUCUCUUCCAGCGUGGCUGAACUCAGCUGUGACGAGACCAUGGACCCACCCGCCGAGGAUUUCCAGCAGGUCCUGUCCAUCGACCAAAUCCGCUCCAUCCGUGCCAGCAACAACUACGUGGAGAGACCGGCGGCGUGCUUCCAGCAAGCCCGCUCCAACCCCUCGCUGUCGCAGCCCUCGCACAAGCAGGAGUGGUCCCAGGACCGCCUGGCGUCUUCCACCUUCCAGGACCUGCACCGCAGCCACAGCCAGCAGCACCAGAUGCCACCUCUGCAGCCGCACCUGAGCCACUCGAGCACGGCCAGCUCGGUGUCGCAGAGCACCACGGCCUCCGAGCAGCGCCUGCUGAGCAGCUUGACGCCGUCGCACUCCGGGCACUCGCUGGUGCGGACGCAGCCCCGCGGGGCUGAGCUGAAGGCGGAGGAGUCCCCGCGGAAGGGCGCGGAGCCGCCGCCGGCGCACGGGCACCUGCUGCUGUGCGAGGCGUGCGGGCGCUGCCGCUGCCCGCGCUGCACGGCCGCCCGCAGCCUGCCCUCCUGCUGGCUCUGCAACCAGCGCUGCCUCUGCUCCGCCGAGAGCCUCCUCGACUACGGGACCUGCCUCUGCUGCGUCAAGGGGCUCUUCUACCACUGCUCCACCGACGACGAGGACACCUGCGCCGACGACCCCUGCUCCUGCGGGCCGGGCUCCUGCUGCGCCCGCUGGGCUGCCAUGAGCGUCCUGUCCCUCCUCUUGCCCUGCCUCUGCUGCUACUUUCCCACCCUGGGAUGCCUGAAACUUUGCCAGCGGGGUUAUGACGGCCUGAAACGCCCCGGCUGCCGCUGCCAGAGCCACACCAACACGGUCUGCAGAAAGAUCUCCUCGGCCAGCGGCACGCCCUUCCCCAAAACGCUGGACAAGCCGGUAUGACCCUCCCGAGGAGGAGAAGCGGGCUUUGCUCCUCUUCCUCCCCUUCCUCCUCCUCCUCUUCUUUCCUCCAUCCCCCUUCUCCCUCGGCUCCCUCUGCUCUGCAGUGCCCCUCCCUCCCCACUAUCACGUUCCAGGAUUAAGACGGGUGACCUGGGGGAUCCCCCAGGCUUUGGGAUGCCCCGGCUGGGUGGCCGGGGGAGCUGGCACUGAGCUGGGGGGUACCAGUGGUUUUGCACAUGCAGGAGAGAGACAGAAGAGGCAGAGCGAGCUGAGGGUGCCCUCCCUGGCUGUGUCCCACAGGGAAAUGUGACCCAGAGGGUCCUUGGGACUCUGCCCCCAUGGCCAGGGUACCUGAGGCCCCUCAGGGCUCUGCUCUCCGUAGUUUUAGGAGCUGUCCCACACUGUGGUCCUUAUCCGUAGGGAAGGAGAUGCAGGUCAGUGCAUCCCUGUGCUAGAGUCCCUCGGGAGCCAGACCCCUCCUCCCUCUCUUUCUCCCUCUCCUGCACUUUCUGUAGGUGGCCUUUCUCCCCUCAGGUGGCCACAGGUCCCUUUCCCCAAGGGGCUGGGGUGCCAAGGGGUCUCACCAGUGGCAGUGGCUUCCCUCCAGUCUUGGAAGCCACUGGGAGAAGCGAGCGAGCUCCAAAAUGAGGUGGCACCAUGUCUUUCUAUCUCAAAGAGGAAGAGAAGGUGUGGGAAGCUUUAGAAACCUUCUGGCAGGGGAAGGAGCUAUCGGAGGCAGCCCAGCCCACUCUCUCCUGCCCGACUGCAGCAAGGGAAAGGUCCCCUCUGGGAUUUGGCUGAGAACAAGGAGCUGCUUGGAAAUUGCCAUUCAUUUCUCCAGGCCUUGGAGGGCUGCCUGAGGUGGGAGCUGCUGCCUGGCUCCAUCCCACCACCCAGCAGAUGCCACAGGCACCAGCUCCGUGCUCGAACCCCGAUCUGGUACCUUCCACCAGCACUGAAUUCACUUUAAAAAAAUAUGGCAAAGCCAACUAUGAGCAGCCACCGCUCCAGGGACUCCCCAGCGGGGCUUCUGUCACCUUGCCUUGGGCUGAAGGACAUGGAAAGCAGGAGGGGGUGUUGAAGCUGGGGACCCCGACCUUCCCUGCCUGCCAAGUUUCCUUUGAGUCCUCACCUCGCUGAGGAGGUUCUGCCACUCGCUGACAGCCAGGGCUGGGGCUGGAGCCAGCCCUGGGGCCAGCCCUGGAGCCAGUCCUUGGGCCGGGCCAUCUGCAGAACAGACGGACACUGCAAUCCGGGUCAGGGCUCCAGGUUUCCUGCUGGGAUGAUAAUAACCCCAACUGGUUGCUGUGGCUGGGAGACUCCUGGUGGUCCUGGGCUCAGCCCCAUGUCUGUGUAGUGCCAGCUCCUGGCUGUGACCCCGCUGGCAUCAUUUGGGGGAGUUUGGAGCCGGGAUGGUGUCCUGGAGCUCGGCUCUGCCUGCCUUUCCCCUUCCCAGGUGUGUGAGCACAAGAGGAGGCAAUGGUGCUCCUGGAGGAAUAUAUGCAACACAUCCCUUGGCUUCUCCAAGACCCAGCUCCCAGGGCCCGUCCAUCACCUCCUCCCAUCUGCCUCUUUCCGUAGAGUUCUGUGGAUCUAUUUUUGUAGAUAUAAAUAUGACGUUAGUAUGGGUAGGUCUAUUACUAAUAAUAUUCAUGAUACUGCUGUGAACGGUGCCAGGUACAAGGUUUGGCUUCCUGGUGCACUUGCACAGGCUGGAAAAGAUGAUUUCCCAGUCAGUUUAUUGCUAAUCCCAGAUCCUUUGCUCCCAGGUUGUCGGGAGUGGGGGAAAUGGAGGUGUACAGAUUGUCUGAAGGUCUGCACUGCAGGGAGGGUGGAAUUCAGUGCUGGCUGAGAGGUGAGGCAGAAGUGGAAUCUCAUUGUGGGACUCCUCUUUCCAUCCAUUCACUUUCUAAAAAUCGUGGUGGAUCCAAGCUCCCUCUGUUGCAGGGAAAAGUGGUUCCAGGGAGUGAUUCAUCCCUCUUGGAAGCAUUAUUCAUUAAAUCCUCUGCUGGCUGUGCCCGGCUCCCCUGACUCAAAUGGCACCCAAACAUUGAACUCCAGGCUCCGUGGGGAAGGGGGGAUGAAUCCCAUGUCUGGUGGGAGGUUUGUGUAGGAGAAUGUUAUGGACGUGAGUGAAAUCCUCUCCCUGACUUCACCCAGAGCCCGAGGAGGGAUGUGGAAGGAUCUGUGGGUAUCUCAGGAUGAUGCUUUUGGAUGCAGAGGGAUCCCCUGGCAUCAGGAAAGGACAGAGCCCUAUCUGGGCAUGGUCCAUCCCUAAGGCCAGCCUGGACUCUGAAAUCAAUUGGAUUUUAAGGCCAUGAUCUUUUCAGAAGAUGCCCUGUAGGUGUGUGAACCCCUCUAAGAUCAUUCCUGUGGCAACAAACAUAAAAUGCAUUGCUAAUACAUUUAUCCUUAUGCCAAUAAUUGCUUGGCUCCCUACUUGCAAGCGAUGUUGUGGGGAGACACUUCCUCACAGAGUCUCCUUCCUUUGGAAGGCUCAGUUCACUCUUCUAUUGGUGCUGAUUAAACUCCUUCUUCAUAAAAACCAGAGAGCAUUUUUAGGGAGAAAAGGUCCCUUUUUCCCUGUGGGUUGGAGGAACUGUCUCCCUUGAAUGAGAAUGAGAAACAGUUCAUUGAAACUUUUUAAAGAAAACUAAUGAACAGAAUUUUCCAACUUGCUCUACUUUGAUUUUUUUUUCCUCCUCCUUUUUAAACGGAUCCCACUUGUAAAUUUAGUUACCACCUCUGUAUCUUUGCAAUUCAUUGCUUCCUCUCCUGAUGGUGGAAUGACUCAACAUGUGAAGCUUCAUCAUUUUCACGGCCUCCCAAGUCAUGCGAGCGCGGGGUGACCUCCCCCAGGUGCUGGAGCUGGGGGAUGAGGAGAAGGCUGUCCAUGGAUCAGCUCCCCAGAGCCAGCUCUGCUUGGCACAGCAGCAGCACAGUGACCUUCAGCAACUGGGGGGAGGCCAGGACUGCCAGGACCCUCCACCUAAUGGGCUUUUUCUGGGUCAGUGCAGAAGCUCUCUUCCUACCAGGGAAUGGUGCCACAGUCUGGUGAGGGCUGAGGAGCACGACCAGGGCUCUGGAAUGUCUCCUCUCCAUGAAAUGACAAAUCUGGGGGAUACAUUUCAUUAAAAACUGGACAUGUAGAAGGGGAGGGAUUUUAAAAGCUGUGGACAUGGUUUAGUGGUGGCUUACAGUGCUGGGUUAGUGUUUGGACUCAGUGGUCUUAGAGGGCUUUUCCAGCAGGAAUGAUUCCAUGGUUCUAGGAAAUGGAGAGGACAAGAGCCCCAGCUGGCACCGAGGGCUGUGGGAUCAGAGCAGGGCUUUGUUUUCACCGAGGGCAGACACAAAAGCCACAUCCAGGACCUGUGGGGGCUGGAGGAGUUCAGCUUGCUGGCCUCUGCCCUGCCCAUGGGGGCAGAUGGCUUCACCUGGAAUUCCUGCUGCCCACUCCAGCUGGGGAUCCUCAGCACAUUUCUCCUCCUUGCUCUCAGCAGUCAGGCGAGGUUGGGAAGCACCAAAAGCUGUCCAAGGAGAAGCACCCAAAGCUCUGGUUCACCAAGCUCAUCCAUGGUGGGGAAGGCUGUGGGCAGGCUCAGAUCCUUUCCUUGAGCUUUUCCCAACCUCCUCUGACCAGAUCCAUCCUGCUCCAUCCCCAGUUCGGCUUCCAGGCUGUUUGGUUUGCCCAUGGAGAGGGCCCCGGUUCUGGUUGGGGUUGGGAGCCCCUUUCCUGCCCCACCCUCCAUGAGUCAGAUCCCAUCUGCUCGGGGUGUUUGUCUGCAGCUGCCUGUCCCAGCAAUUGGGUUUUCUCUCUGUCCUGACGUGUCUUUUUUGGUUUUCUUUUGGGAGCGUCACAUGUGGAGCCCUCUGCUCUCCCACGGGGAUGGAUCUGCAUUGUGAGGGAGCGUUCCUGGGCUGUUGUCUUCCCUUUGCCAGAGAGCAUGCAGGGCUGGGGGCAGACUGGAGCAGGGAAAGAGAUUCAGGUGCCAAAGGAGCAGGAUGCAGGAGCUGCUGAGCAGGACCUGAGCUCCCCCUGCUCUGCUCCCCAUCCAGAGCCUUCUUUUCCCACCCAGGAGUCCAAAGCUCCAUCCAUGCAAGAAGCUGUGAUGUUUUUUGCUUCCUCCAAGGCUUCCCUUGGUCCCUUUUUCCCCACUGGCAAAUCAGUCCCAGCAAAGGUGGGGAGGGGUCAUGGGGAGGGGUCAGGCUGGAGUGUCCCUCCCAUCCCACCACUCCUGGUGGAAGGGCCAAAGAGGUCCUUGGCUUGCUGUCCACUCAUCCUUGAGAAACAUCAGUGCCUCAAAGAGCAGGGGGAAGCUCUUUGUGACUCACAGAUUCCCAUAAAAUCCCACUGAGUUCACUCCUGCCCAUCCCCAGGGGUGAACCCUGAUGGAGGGAGGACAAAUGCAGUUGACCAAAAGAUGCCAAAGCCUGGAAUCUGAGAUUAGCAACGGCUCUGAAGUGUGGUAGAGAGGGGUGAGCUGGGUUUGAGGGGAGCUGCUGUGGGAUUGGCACAGGAAAGGAACCCACUGUGCCCUAAACUCCUGUUCCCAGCACCACUGCUGUUGCUCUUUCCUGGGCUGUUCUGAGGCUGGAGAAAGCUGGGAGUGCUCAGACACUGGGAGGUCAAAUGUUUGUGAUAGGGAUGUGAUAAGGGCUGACCCCCACCCCAAACCUCACUCUUGGUCUUUAACGGGAUCCAGUUCAGCCUUGGCUCCUCCAAGGAACCCAUGGUGCCCAUGGGAUACUCUCUGAUCCAGUUGGCCCAAACCACCCUGAGCUGGGACCUCUUGGGCUCAGUUUGCUUUGGGUAUUUCCCCAUGAGCACCAGAAUCUCUUGCCAAGACUCCUGGAGUCACGUUGGGAGUGAAGCUGGGAUCUGUUCUCCUGCUUGGGGUGACAUUGCAGAAGUAUCUCCUGAGGACACAGUCCCGGGGCUCCUCAGAGGGGCACUGUAGGCACGAGGGGUUUUGGAUGGAUGGGAAGGGGUCACAGCCCGCCAGGGCAGCGGGAGGCUCUGGGUCCCUCUCCUGCUGUGCCCAAAGGGCUUUGUCAUGAGCAGGACUUAUCCCACCCCAGAGCUGGGCCUGGGACAGGAGGUCCCACAACCUCUGUGCCAAGGUCACCCCAAGUCCCAAGCCUGGCCCGUCCCCACCUUGCCCCUUUCCCCCUUUUCAUUGGGAUAUCUCCUGGCAGGAGCUCCUCAUCCUCCUCCUCCUCCCCCGGUGUCCUCAGCACAAAGCUCUCCUUGGAAGAUCCCCCUGGUCUCCACAGGACAGGCCCAGGAUCCCAAGGCUCCCAUCCCGGGUUUCUGGGUACAAAACCCUUCUGUACAGCCUGUAAAGAUCCCUCCCUGGCUCUCUCCAUUCCAGUUCCUUUCUUUAAGGUAUAAUAUAUGUUUAUAACCUGAUGGCUGUUUUUUUGACAAUACUCUUGUACCUUUUAAGAGGAAAAAAAGUUUAGAAACCAAAGUAUUUAUUUGAAAAGUUUAUUUUAAAGAUAAGAAAAAAAAACUAUUUAUUUUACUGCACCCUCUUCUGUUUGGUUUUCUUCUCUUGCAAAGCUGAUAACUGUUACAGAACCACUGCUGAGGUGAAAGAAGUGAUUCUAUGGGUGGCUUCACAAGCCCACUUAGAGCAACUAUUCAAUAAAAAUAUAUAUUAAUUUUGAA